AUGGCGGCGAUCAUUAAUCAGCGUGCCAACGACGGAGAGACGAGCAUGGGCGCUGCGAAACCAAGUAUGUUCCGUCUUCUUCGUUUCUUCGAUUCAUUCUCUCAUUUUUUUCAGUUCUUCUGCACAAAAUAUCCGGACACGUGGCUCGUAUCAAUGACGUAAUCUUGCUAUCGAAAGACGAAGGCGUGUGGACAGCAAGCGACGACAGAUCAAUCCGUCUGUAUCUGAAAAGAGACAACGAUCAGUUCUGGCCAUCCAUCCAUCACUUCAUGCCGGUGGCUCCCACUUGCAUUUUCUACAGCGAAGAGACCUACAAGUCGGCUCCCGUUCUGGUUUUGGUUUCAAAAACAAGUUUGCAGAUUGCUAGUCGGUCUGAUCAAUGGAAAUGUUUACGAGUUCAAUGUGGCCGACGACUUCAACAGCAUGACUGAGAGCCGGAAAUGGACCAAUCAUGCCGGCCCAAUCUCUGGGCUCGGAUUCGCUCUUUCCUCGGAACUCAUAUUCAGUUGUUCUCGCGACAAAUCCGUCGUUUGGCACUGCUCGGAGACUUCUGUCAAAAUGGGCUCGUACCUGCUGGACAAUAGUUGCACUGCAAUGGUUAUCGACCUUCCGUUCGUGUUCGUCGGAGAUCACGGCGGACACGUCACCGUUCUCCGUAUCAUAGACAAUCAUCCGAACCUCGUCAGCAAACUGAGUGCUCAUACAAGUAUCUAGUUUUCCAAUAACAUCCCUUUUUAACAGAAAGUGGUUGCAGACUCAAUAACAUCUCUGACGUGGGAUUGCAACAAGAAGGUAUUAUACUCGGGAAGCAGUGAUUAUCUCAUCAUAAUGUGGGAUAUCGGAGGCGGCAAAGGGGAGGCUUAUGAGCUUAAGUGAGUAUAUGAUCGCUUGUUUUACUAUCUGCUCUUCUGACUUCAGCGGUCACAACGGAAAAGUGACGACGCUUUGUGCGGCUCCGGCUGCUAAGAGACUGUUCUCGGCAGACGAGCACGGAAAGCUAAUGUGCUGGGAUAUGAACUGCAAAAGAGUGGAAACGCCGGAAUGGAAGACAUCGGACUGCUGUCAGAUGUGCAACCAGCCCUUCUUCUGGAACCUUCAGGCAAUGUGGCAGAGGAAAGUGGUCGGCAUGCGACAGCAUCACUGCAGAACGUGCGGGGCGGCCGUCUGCGGCAGCUGCUGCAACAAUUGGACAUCGUAUCCGCCUAUGGGUUACGAGACUAAAGUGCGAAUCUGCAAUGACUGCAACAACAGAAUGAAUGACAAUCCACAGAACUUCAAGUUAGUCUCAUUCGUCUUUCUCUUUUAAUCUCUAUUUAUUUUAGUUUGACUCCUCUCGCUAUCCCUCAUGAAAUCCGAACGGGAAUCACAGCUAUGCACCUCCAGGAAACGCUUGGUCUUCUGGCCACGAGUGGUCAGAAUCGCGUCAUCAUGAUUUGGGAUGUCCGUAGUGUCUGUUCUGCCGUCUCUCAAUAA